GUUUGCUUUUGCAGAUUCUGUCGACACAAUCUUCUUCAUCACCAAAAAUUAGUGAAACAGAGGGAGGGAAACUCUAACCAAAUUAAAAUUUGAUCGAUCGACGAUCAUCAUCGCAUCAUGUCGUUUUCCUUCUUCAAGCCGUCUCGGCCUAAAACGCCGCAAGAGGUGGUCAAAGCAGUGAAAGAUAGCCUCAUGGCUCUUGAUACCAAAACUGUUGUUGAAGUUAAAGCUCUCGAGAAGGCAAUGGAAGAAGUUGAGAAAAAUCUUGUGGCAGUGAGAUGCAUGCUAUGUGGAGAUGGAGAGGUUGAACCAAAUAUAGAUCAAGUUUCACAACUGGUGCUUGAAGUUUGUAAAGAGGAUGUUCUCUCUCUUGUGAUUCACAAACUCCCUAAUUUGGGAUGGGAAGCGAGAAAGGAUCUAGUCCAUUGUUGGUCCAUGUUGUUGAAGCAACAGGUUGAUUCCAAAUAUUGCUCUGUAGAAUACAUAGAGAACAAUUUUGAAUUACUAGACUUUCUUGUCGUUUGCUAUGAUAACAAGGAAAUUGCCUUGAACUGUGGACUUAUGUUAAGGGAGUGCAUCAAAUUUCCUACCCUUGCAAAAUACAUUUUAGAGUCCGCCAGCUUUGAAUUGUUCUUCAAAUUUGUGGAAUUGCCAAACUUUGAUGUUGCUUCUGAUGCUUUCUCUACUUUCAAGGAUUUGCUUACUAAACAUGGCACUGUGGUUGCUGAAUAUCUCACUGCACACUAUGACGAGUUCUUUGAUCAUUAUGAAAAACUGUUGACAUCUCCUAAUUACGUUACAAGAAGGCAGUCCUUGAAGCUUCUCUCAGAAUUCCUUUUGGAGGCUCCAAACUCCCAUAUAAUGAAGCGCUAUGUUUUAGAAGUUCGGUACUUAAAAAUCAUGAUGACAUUGCUGAAGGACUCGAGCAAAAAUAUUCAGAUCUCGGCUUUCCACAUUUUCAAGGUUUUUGUUGCUAAUCCCAACAAGCCACGUGAAGUAAAAGUAAUUUUGGCAAAAAACAAUGAAAAAUUGGUGGAACUACUCGAUAAUCUCACUGUUGGAAAAGGUGCUGAGGAUGAGCAAUUUGAAGAGGAAAAGGAAUUGAUAAUCAAGGAAAUUAAGAGACUGUCAUGCCUAGCCAAUUUUGGAUAGUUAGGUCCUUAUCUUAGCAGCGGUUUUUCCCCUUUUACUGAGAUCUCAUCUUGUGGAUCAUGCUAAUUCUACGUGAUAACCUGCAAUUGCUAUGCGAGGAGUUUCGAGCGCUAGCCUGAGAGAUAUGUAAUUGUUAUUAUAUAUCUAUGUCUAUAUAUAUAUAUAUAUAUAUAUAUUGCUUCAGAAGACAUACUGAUUAGAUAUUGAUCUUUGGUCUAAGAAAACGCAUAAAAUUUGUUGGUUUUUGGUGGUGAAAGGCAUUGUAUUUUGUGGAGUUUGUUGUCUUGCUUUUGGUCUUGUUUGUGCAACACACGGUGGAUUCAAGGCAUGGUUUUCAUGUAAGAAAGAUUAGAUACACUUAUAUGGUUCAAGACUGGUGUUUGUAGAAUUGAAAAUGCUUACGAUACAUGAAAUAUAAUUGCAACGAUUUGUUGGAUUCA